UUUAAACUUUUGGAUGGUUGGUUCACAAGAGUUCUUUUUUCAUUCCAUAGGGAGUAGAUAUAGCAUAUGUUCUUUUGCCUAGAAGUCAUUGAAGAAAUCCAGAAGAGAGGUACCAGAGAGGCACCGGGAGAUCUCUUAGAUGAUAAAUUUGUUCAAAAUGACAACUUGCACUCUUCUCUUAAUCCAGCUGCCCCAAAUUCUAACCUUUUACCUUCCAGGAGUGCUGUGCUUCAAGCUUGCAUAAUAACUUCUGGUCUCAUAGCUGCUUUGGGAAUAGUGAUUCGGCAGGUGUCUCAUGUUGUGUCAGUGGAAGGAUUUCCAGUCUUGGACUGCUCUUCAGAAGUAUCAUGUAUUACACUCAUAUUUACUUAGUUCUUACUAUUAGUUUGUAGUUCAGACUUAAUGAAUUCUCUUUCAUUGGAAGGGAGUCAUAAAAAGAUAUUGGAUA